AUGCUGACCCUACUUGCAGGUAUGGGCGCCGCCGCGUACAAGCUUUUCCAUACCACUGAACUACUCGAGGCUAUCCUCUUGAAAACCAAUACUCGAGCGCUUCUCACCACCCACCAACGUGUCUGCAAGCAAUGGAGAGACGUCAUUCAGGGAUCCAUCAACCUCAAGAAGGCGCUCUUUCUUGAGACCGGCCAGGCCAGCAUCGCCUACCCAGGCCCAUCUGGAAUCGAGAGCGCUAUCAUUCACGGUCUUUACGUCAGCACGACCGGACUCUAUUCAACGGCUGACGAGAGGAGGCUUGCUCGCAUCCCAAAGAACCUGGAAUCAUGCCCUGUGCAAUUCAAUCCCUUCCUCUCACCAAAGUCAAACGAGACUAUCCCCCUUCCCAAGCGUUUCCUCCGCGCCCCCAUGUUCCUCUGCCAUCUGAACCCGCAGCUUCUGCUCGCCCAUGAGUCAGCAUCGUGCCGACGCAUGUACAUCACCCAGCCACCGGUAAAGCUUCAGAUCUUUGACGUGGUUUGCAGCGUGUGUGCAAUGAAACCUCGGCAUCUACGUCCAUUCCCUGAGCCUAGAAGUUUCCGUAAAGUUCGGACUUUUGGGGAGCUCAUUGAUGCGGUCAAGGAGAAGCUUGAGGGGAAGGAACGACUUAAGAUUGUGAAGUGUUUGCGUAUCAUGGUUGGGGUGGGUCCGGAGGAAGUCAAGGACUGGGUGGAGGAGUAUGGUAGCAAACUUCUGGAGUGCGACUCUCGGGACUGGCGAAAUGCACUGGCGUCUGACUACCUUUCACUUCAUAGAUGGAAACGCGACUACUCAACGGCGACUUCAUCUUGCCAUUGUGCGAACUCACUCCCCACAUUUCUGGAAAGGGUCGUGCAUGUGAAGGCUUGGCAUGUUCAAGAAACUCCGACAUCUGAUCCAAAAUCACUUCUGAAUUCCUCAACCGCACCACACUGCCUCACACCUCUGGUCUUCAGGUCACAUAACUGGUACACAUCAUGUUGUUCGCCGACAGCGGAGAUGGCGGCAGCCAGAGUUUUCGCGAUCCCAGAGCUCGUGGAAGCCAUACUGCUGCGACUUCCAACUAAAGACCUGCUGUUGUCCAAACGUAUCUCUCGAAUUUGCCGCGACGCCCACGAGUCGAAGUCGAUCAAGAAGGCACUCUUCCUCGUUCCCGGCACCGCACUCAACACUUCUGACGAAGCGAGUUUCCCACAACCAGGCUAUUCAGCCUCCAUCAAAUACGUCAAAUCAUGGUGGAGCUCCAGCAGCUAUGAAGUUCCACUGCCCGAGGCAGCCAAGCAUGGUGUCUCUUUCAAUCCCUUACUCGUAGCCUACUUCACCGGGCAGACCUUGACGAUUCAGAGCGAUCGUAUGAAGGCUUCCAAUACUGCGGAACUCAGAGUUCUAUGCCACGGCGACGAUGCAUCUUUCCGACGUAUGUUCAUCACUCAGCCACCACUGCGGAUGAUGACAGUCCACGCCAAUUACCGCUACGCCCAUGGCAAUUUCAGCGUGCGGAUGAUCGGAGGAAUGACCUAUGGAGAAUUGCUUGAUGAAAUGGAGAUGUUUCUUAAGGAGGGUCAGAAGAACGGUCAGAAUGAAGAGCAUCUGUUCAAGUGGGGUGUAGGCGUGAGGAGUGAGCCCAAAGGUCAGGAUUUGGAGGAUGCAUCGGAGGCUCUUACAUUCAACGUCACGGGAGAUGGAGCUACUAGGCGGAUUUCUGUAUUCAGAUCAGUCAUAAGUCCUUCAACUUCAAUUCUGCAACAUGAUGCCAAUAUCUCACCCCAAGCCUACACACACACUCUCUCUCCAAACAAAGUCGGCACUUAUAGCGACCGAGGGGGCCCCUCGCGGCCUGGAAGGGUGGUUCCUUCGUCGGCGAACCCCUAG